AUGACCUCGUCAAAAAACGGACUCUGUCCGUCGCCAUUCUUACAGGAGAGUCUUUUCUCCAACGCCACAGGAUAUAUCGGUGGACGGUUUUGUCAGUCGGUUGGAGGGGUUUCAUGCUGCUUACCAUGUCCAUUGCAAGACUGGAGGUAUCCUGACAAUGUGACCUCGAAGACCAACGCAGCUGGCUGGCUUGCUGUUGCGCUGUUGCCAUUCCAAGCAUGGCUCCUUCUCACUUACUUGGUAGUCCCAGUAAAGUACACCAACCGUCAAUACAUCACCGUCUGUUUUACUUUGGCAAUCAUCUGUUUGCAGGUAGCCUUUAUCAUUCCUUUGGGCACAAAACCUCAACAAUGCCAUGACGAAAUCACGCCGAACGACAUGUAUACAGACAUUUCUUGUGCCUUCAGCGGAGCUGUUCUACUAUUUGGCGGCAUUGCCGUUGUAACCUGGAGUCUCCUCCGCACCAUCGCUCUUCAUCUACAGGUGUGCUGGGAAGUCAUCAUCGGGCCAGUAUUCAUGUGGUGUUCCGCUACUACUGGAAUCGGCGUUCCAGUCCUCAUUACCGCCUUGAUGCUGCACUACACCGGGGUAUCUUACCGAUUUGGAGGGGUUUGUCAUAUCAACAGUCCGAACAGCAUGGGCGAUUACUGGAUUCCAAUCAUGGUAUUCUCGGGGCUAGCGCUCCUGAUUCAAUUUAUAACAAUGGGGUACUGUAUCCACAUCUACAUUCGAUCCCUUUUCGACCCCGAUCCCACGAGCACAAACAACUCUGGCUUGCCUUCGUACCAGGGUAGCGUGCGCACUAUGACUGCUCGCCAGGCAUACAAACGUAUACACCGAGUGAUUAAAUUGCAGUGGAGAUCAAUGGCUUUGGUCAUGACCAUUCUCGCCAAUGUCAUUUACUUCUUUGUUGUCUUUGUUCAACUUAACAAUUCAUUAGCGCUGACCGAGGCAAAUCGUGUGAAUGCAGAACCGUGGCUAUUCUGCCUGCUGGAAAAGAAGAAUCCCAAGGAGUGCACCAGCGAAGCCCAGUUAGUCGGAAUUGCGGAAGCUAAAUUGGUUGCCAUGGUGGUACUGCUCGCCGUUGCUAACCUUUGGAACAUCGUCUUCACGGUUCGUUGGUCCAUGGUGGAAGGUUGGAUCUCCCUGUAUAGGAGCCGCUUUAUCGAGCGUGUUGAGUUUGUCUCAGUCGAUGCACGGUCUCGUCCUCGUCCUACAGUCACUCACGACUACGAAAUGCUCGACCCACGUCAGCACGCCAAGUCUCCUGAGCCUUUCGUCGAGGUGCGAACACCAAGUCCUGUUGUUUACGGCAGCAACUUGCCGAAAGAAGUCGACUAUGGGAUGGAUGCCUCAUAUACAAGACCGACGAUGAGCUUUUCAUCGCCGCGACCUCCCAGCUCAUCACAAAACAAUGGCGCCAACUCGUACGGGUGGGAUGUGACUUCAAGCUUUGCGCGAUCCAAUUCGCGAUCCAAUUCUCAAAUGAGUCACCAUACCUACGUAAACGGACGCUAA